CAUCACCCUCGGGCAGCUCCGCGCUGGGCAAUCGGCAAUGCUGGCAGUCUCCAGUAGGGGUGCGACGAUACUGCCGCAAGUGGAGCUUGCGAGCUGGGUGAGCACAGGACAGAGCCACUGAGAUGUGAAUCUGUUCGCGGAUAUCAGGCUGUCAAAGCAAGGGGGGAGCUUUCUGAGUGAAACAAGCACCCUCCGACUGUGCACACAGACCUGACUGCACCUUCUCCACCCGGAUCACACAGACACCCUCCUCCCUAACCAGCCGCAGCGCGGGGCGAAUGGCACUGGCAAUGGAGAUGUCCGAGACAUUGUUUCAGCAGGAGAGGCUCCAAGCGAUUGCGGAGAAGAGGAAGCGGCAGACGGAGAUCGAGAACAAGAAGCGACAGUUGGAGGAUGAGAGGAGGCAGCUGCAGCACCUGAAGUCUAAGGCUCUGCGGGAACGAUGGCUCCUGGAAGGAACUCCUUCUUCUACAUCAGAGGAGGACCAGGGAAUGAAUAAACAGUUCCAAGAGGACAACAUCAAAACAAAACAGUUGGAGGAGACCAUCCAGAGGCUUGAAAAGGAGCUCGAAUCACUGGAAAAUGGAGACAUUACUAUCUGUAAAGAAAAUAGCAUUGACGAGAAGGAGAAGGAGAAGGAGAAGGUGUCUCCAAGCAAAGGCAGUGAGCUGGAGAAGCACCACAGUAGCCCAGUGGCCAACAAACCCGAGGGAUGCACGGAAAAGAUGAAAGCUGCAAUGUUUGCAGUGGAAAUUACUGUGGAGAAGGACAAUGUGACAGGAGAGACUAAGGUUUUGUCCACCUCCAGCGUAUCUCCCAAAAGCAUCCACCAGCAAGGUGUCAAGGUCUACGAAGAUGACCUCAAGGUGAUCCAUGAAGUACGCAAGGGCGAUGGAGCAGCAGAAAAUGGAGUCCAUCUCCUGAGCACCACGGAGGUCGAUGAGCUCAUGCAGAAGGCAGACAAGGUGUCAGACUACAACAAAGCUGUGGUUCCUGAGGGGAAAGGACCUUCUAUUCAACUGGAGGCCAACAGUCAGUCACCAGGAAAGUGGCAGGCAGACAGGAUAGCCGGUGAAAAUCUUAAAAUCCUUCAGAAAAUGCCCGGAGAUGGUGCAGAGCCCAGCAAAGACCAGCCAGUGACCAUGAUUUUCAUGGGAUACCAGGAUGUGGAGGAUGAGAACGAGACCAAGAAGGUCCUGGGCUAUGAUGGAACAGGGAAAGCAGAGCUGGUGGUAAUUGAGGAUGGUGACACCAAGAGCGAGCGGGUGGUGACAGGCCAGGCCCCACCCAAUGGCACAGCGGCCGAGCCCCCAGCCACCGAGGAGAAGCCAGCUGGGAAGGAGAAGGAGGCAGUCGAUGAUACAAAGGAUCUCAAGGAGAAACAGCGUUGUCAGUGUUGCAUUGUGAUGUGAUUAUGUGCUGUUAUUACUCUAAUGUACAGUUGGAAUGUUAUAUGUCCAUAGUCUUCAUGUCUUCUAACACGUGCUUUUAAUUGGGGAUGCAAGGAUCACAGCCAAUUCAUCAUGAUAUCUCAAACACCUGAAGUUUUAUAUACAUUUAAUCAACAUGGUUAAAAAUAUGAAAGCUAAUUUUCUGAGGAUUGUCCAAAACACCUCUUCCAUACAGCUACACCCCACUUACACUUCCUUGAUGAUGUCAUGACAACAUUGUAAUAUCCUGUUAAAUUUAUCAACAGCGGAAGCUGCAUUUAAAAAAAAACAUUGAACAGUACAGAGAGGAAGUGAAGUUGCAAUUGACCCUUUGAAAUUGCUCUUGGUCAAGCUGUAGGGCAGGGUGCUUUCCCAAUGGCCAUAGUGUUCCCAGUCUGGAAAUCUGAUCAUCCUUCAUAAUCUCAUCCUAUUGCCCUCAAGUUUUCAAUUGGCUAAAAGGUCCCCUUCAGUAGUCAGCUAGAGCAAAGCAUUUUUUCCUCUAGGGUAGCUUGUCAAAAGGCACUUGCUAAUAUAGAGAUCAACACUUGUAAAGAUAUACAGUAGCUAAAUUAGAAAAACUAAAAUUUUAAGAAAUGGCAGAAGAGCAAAGGAGGCAGAAUGGGAGAAAAAGAGACGUAUGCAAGUGAAUUUGGUUAAGUGCAGCUUUUAUGUAAAACAGAGUUAGUAAAGCAGUAAUAAAUCUACUGUAGGUAAUUUAUGGAGUAUCUUCAUGACUGAAAAUAGAGUUUUAUUUCAGUAUGACAAUCCCUGAAAUGAAGCCAAACAAUUCAGCAAUGGGGGGGGGGGGGGCAUAUGAGUUGAGAAUAAAAUGUUCAAAAGUUAUUGUGGCAGUCAACUUCCAGUUUCACGUUUUGUCAUCUGGUCCAGGACAAACACUGGACCACAUCCAUAGUGUUUCUUCCUGCCCUUCCUUCGAAUUAUGUCCAUCUUUCAUUGAACCAGGGACCACUUAGUUCGGUUUUUCUAACUUGAUGUUAUAUAUGAUGCCUUAAAUCAUCUGAAUAAGCAAAAAUUAAUAUUGAUCUUUGAUCAUUUUGAAUCAUAAUUAAGUUUUCAAAAGAGCUGAAAUGUCCCAUAGAAGGGGGAGCAGCUAUUUUCUGUGAAAACUUUGAGUAGAUGAAGGAAAAUCGACGUCACUGGGUCCUGGGGAACAGCCCUCCUGUUGAGUUCAAAGCCAGCCACUUUCGGAGAGACCUGAAGCUCAAUUAUUCUGUUUUCUCUUUGUCACAAGGUCACUUUAAUUCUUGUUCAAACCUCAGGUUUAGUGGUCAGUUAAAUCACUGCAGGAACUCAUUUACACAAACAGGAAUCUCUAACCCUGACUCUUUCAGCAUCAAAGGUGAAUAAAUAGGUUGUUCCGCUUUGUCACAGGGUGAUCUGAUUAAUCUAUAGUCAAGCUUUUAAAUCACUGUCUGUUUAACAGACCACAGAAUUAAAGAAUACCUUGCUUACAUACAUGCUGAAUUCUGAAUUUUUUUUGCAAUUCCCACAUCAAAACUAUACCUGAAAUAUCUUAGCAACUCUACAAGGUUAUCUAAACUGGAUUUUCUGAAUCAUUGCAUCCCUAAUUUGAAUACACUUUUCUAUGUCACACGUAAGUCAGAUCAACAUAUCUUAUACACUGCCAGUCACCGUGCACAACUCUCAAUAUUUGAUGUGUAACAGUGGGACCAUUUUAUUUUUUCUGUGCAUGUUCUCUAGCUGAUUGCAGAACAUUAUGAAAGCUGUUAAAUGACAUUGUGUGUUUAUUACUUUACUGAAACCUGUCUGGAAGAUUUUACAUCACUAACUAACCUCCAACAACAUGAAACCAGAGGCCAUUUGCAAUGGCAUCAUUUAGAUGAGGACCGUUCAGCUGUAGUAAGUGAAAGUACCCACUACAAGUCCUCUGAAUCAACCAUUCCUUCAGAUUAAAGAGUCGGGUGCAGCAAACCUUGAUCUGUGAUCGGUUCUGAGCCCGCGCCGGCCUGAUCAUAGAUAACCUAAGACUAUGUUGUCGAAGGACACACAUCUCUCUGCUCCAGUGCCAAGUCCCUGAAGUUGCCUAUGGGGGAGAGGGAGAAUGCAAACAGAAAAGGAACUCAUUUGACCACUACUCUUAGCAGUCACUUUUAAUUGCUCCGUGAUUCCACAUGUACCAAAGACCCCAUCAAAUUAUAUCACAAUGAGAGUUGCUUCACUGGUUGAAUUAAUGGCAACUUUAUUGCAAGUGAGCAAACAAGACAAUCAAAUUUCCCUUAAAAUAAUUUCACUACUUUAUUGCUGUGCUUGAACUGUAAUUGAAAAUUCAUAUAUAUACACCAUACAUAUAUAUAUCUAUUUUUAAACACAUUGCCUUGGGAAUGGCAUUAGCCAUGUUAUGGACUCCACUGAGCAAUUGACCCAACAACAAGGAUGUGAUAGGCUCCAUUGGACUUUAUACCAUUGUUUGAGCAUGCUCAUUAGAAGAAUAAAGUAGUCCCAUUUUAUUCAAACACAUUCCAGGGGCCUGUGGCACUAGCAUUCUCACACAAAUUCCCAAGUGUAGCACGUGUAAGCAUAACACGCACUUCCUCGAAGAGUUGCGCGCUAUGUCUCUCGUGCGCUAAUGGAUUUCUGAGACCUGAGGCUACGGCCCUCUGUACCAGAGAGGCAAGUAUCAUUCUGAGUGCAGAUUUCCAUCACGUGUCGGAAGUUAGCCUUUGUAACUAGUCUGUGUUCUUCGUUGUUGAGUGCUGGUAUGAGCUAUGUUGUAAAGAUGGAAACCCUUAUCAAUUUCUUCUCUAUCGCACCCCAUUCCAAAAUCCUAUGGCAUAUCAAUGGAUUCUUUAGGAGCUUUCAAACAGCAUAUUGUCCAAAAGACUAUCUUACAGCAUUAACCAGAUAAAGGAUUCCUAUUAGUAAACCAUAACAAAGGUGCACACAGAGUGCUUUAAUUAUAAAUUGCAAAUGUUUGUCUAACUUUAUGUUUUAAAAUGAAGGCUUUGUUUUUUUUUUAAAAAGCAGAACUCUAAGUUGCCAUUGAAAAAAGAAAAUGUAAUGCAUAUAUUUUUGUUAUGACAUCUUAUAUUUACUCUUGAGUUGUGGUGUGCUCUUCACCCACACACCCACGCACUUCGGUGAAGCUGACUGAGGUGUCCAAAUGCUUAUUUGGUAAAUCAUAGUCUCUGGACUUGUACAGGAUGAGUUAUACAUGCUGUACAAUGUUUGCUCUAUGUUACAGAACCUAAGCAAAUCCUACAGGAUGAAUUCGAUGCCUACAGAGUUUUUUUUUGUGAGGGAAGGUUGUAUGAGGAAUGCAAUACAGUUCACUCCCUGUAGGAGCACACGCCUACAGAAUGAGUGGCAAGUCCUAGCGAAAUGUUGGCUAUGCAUACAGCUAGCUCCCAAGUCUCGUCUUUCACAGAUAGAGCUGAUCUAUCAACUUUCAACUACUAACAGGACAUUAUUGGAUAAUGCUGACAACCUGCACCACUGACAUGAUGCAGCACAAGAGCUUGUUCGUUUUACUUCUAUCAGGGAUUGACACAGAGUGAGUGUCUGCCCAAUGGCAGGACGGUCUCUAAAACACAGCAUUUCAUUUGAUGCUCGCAUUAGACCAUAAUGGAAAAAGAAACUAAAUUUUAAAAAUAAAAGGCAUGGAACUCCCAUGCUCCUAGGUGGAGUCAACUGUAUUUCAUUAUUUGAAUCAAUGUGAAACUCAAUAUGCAAAAAUGUAUAGCAAUCAAAAAUAAAAUCUAGAUGUGGUUAA